AUGGGUAACUCCACGGACCCUCAAACCCCCGUCAGCAGUCUUCAGGUCCUGCUCUUGCUCUACUGGCUCAUCUUCGCGGUGGGUCUGCCACUGAACUGCCUGACCGCCUGGAUCCUCUUCAGAGCUCCAGUGGACUCGGGCCUGAUGGUCUACAUGAAGAACAUGGUGGUGGCCGACCUCCUCAUGGUCCUCACCUUUCCUUUCAAAGCCCUGAUGGAGGAGCUGCAGCUGUUGGUGCUCUACUGCCACUACGUCUCUGUGCUGUCGUCCGCCUGCAUGUAUGUGGAGAUUCUGUUCAUCGGUCUGAUCAGCCUGGAGCGCUACAGCAGGAUCUUCCAACACGCUUCCCGGUCUCCCAGCACCUCUUCCACCUGCAGUUCCAGGUUUGGUCUCAUCUUGAAGCUGCACUGCCUGCAGAGACCCAGCGUUGCUCGAGUCCUGGCUGUCUCCACCUGGGGAGUCCUUCUGUGCUGCAAUCUGCCCCGAGUUCUUCUGUCAACCAGAGACCCCCAUAACUUCACGUACUGCUGGGAGCUGGAGAUGCAGAUGGGGAACCGCUGGCACUACGGGACGACGGUUUUCACGGCCUUCCUGUUCUGGAUGCUGUUACCGGUCAUGGUUUUCUGCUACACCUCCAUCGCCGUGCAGCUGUACAAGUCCAACCGCCGCGUGCAACAAGACAGCCACAACAUCUGCCGCAAGUCCAGCCGCAGCAUCUUCAGCAUCCUGGCCAUCUUCUCUGUCUGCUUCGUGCCGUACCACAUCUGCCGCGUGCCCUUCAACCUGAACCUGCUGAAGCCGUCCCUCUUCGGCAGGAACACCAACUUCAUGCUCUAUCGGCUGAAAGAGGGGACGCUCCUGCUGUCCUGCCUCAACGUCUGCCUCAACCCCGUCAUCUACUUCCUGAUGUGUAAGACCUUCAGGGAGGGUCUGAGGAGGAAGGUGUCCUUCAGGAAGAGGAGAGCUCAGACUGCCAGUCCGCUCCAGAGUGUCAGCAACUUCUGCGGUGAGAGGAGCGACCUGCAGGAGAUCAGGAGUUCAAGAGCGCUCCGGAAAUCAGAGUCCAACCUGUUGGAAGAGCCGAACAAAUACGUGAAGUAGAGAGAAAUCACAGAAACGAGGUCUUCUUUGGAGGAUUUGGACUUGAUUAAUCUGGGAACUUGGAGAAGUGGUUCAUGAAGAACUAUUUCAAGCAACGACUGUUGUGCUCUAGCUUCUCAGGUCAAUGUUCUGUCUCUGAAGAUUCCAGUUGACUUGACAG